CCUUUUAGGCUCGAGCGGCGUGCCGGCCGUUUGCCACACGCCACGCCGCUCUGCCACGGCCGCCAGGCCGCUCGGGGGCAGCAGCUGCAGCAGCUGCAGCACCCGGCGGCGCGGUGGCUCCGUUGCGGCGCGGCUCCGUGCCUGGCGCCGGCUGGGCCCGCUCUGGCGGCCGGCGCCAGCUGCGGCGGCCUCCGGCGGUGCGCGCCCGGAGGGGCCGCCAUCCGGAAGCCGAUGGCGCCGGGGGUCGAGUGGGAGAUCGGCUAAGCCAGCCUCAGCCGACCUCCCGACCGACGGCGACGGGCACAAGUACGGCUACGACGACACGCGCGGGGCGUACAGGACGCUGCAGGGGGACGAUGGCUUCGACAACCUCGAGAGGGCGAUCAACCUGCGGCCGCCCAGCGACGACGCCCAGCCCUUCGACGCGAUGGAGGCGGUGUACGCCGACGGCACAGUCGAUGUCCCAUAA